AUGAGGCUGCCGCGGCUGUCAUUCCCGCGCCCAUCCUUACUUCAUACCGCUCCAUCACGGCCUGCCAGACCACUCCUCUUCCAAAUUGCAGCCUCUUCACUGAGGAGCUGCAGAACAAGAAGCUAUGCCUCGGUCUCGGCGGCCGCCCUCAAGUUCGGGCAGCCCGUCCACGAAACGCAUCCCCACAUACUCGGGCCCGGCCAGUUGACGCCAGGCAUCACCGCCGAGGAAUAUGCCAAUCGCAGAGCCCAUCUCGCGCGCGCCCUGCCCGACGGCGCCGUCGCCGUCCUGCCCGCCGCCGCCCUGCAGUACAAGUCGGGCGCCGUCUUCCACCCGUACCGACAAGAAUCCAACUUUUUCUGGCUGACAGGCUGGAACGAGGACGACGCCGUUGCCGUCAUCGAGAAGACGAGCCCCGAACGCGGUGACUACCUCUUCCACAUGUUUGUCAAGCGCAAGGACCCUCGCGAGGAGCAGUGGUCCGGCUACAGAAACGGCGUCGAUGCCGCCGAGGACGUCUUCAACGCCGACAAGGCGCUCCCGCUCGAGAGUGCCGCCACGGCCCUGCCCCGCAUCCUCGAGUCGGCCAAGCUCGUCUACGCCGACGCCAUGCCCGGCGUCCUCGCCGCCAAUGAUAGCUCGAGCCUCGCCGCCAAUAAAAUGCCCCUGUCGCCCGUCAUGAACAAGCUGCGCGUGGUCAAGAGCACGGCCGAGGUGGCCAACAUGCGCCGCGCCGGCCAGCUGUCCGGGCGCGCCAUCACCGAGGCCAUGAGGAGACCGUGGACCAGAGAAAAGGACCUGCACGCGUUCCUCGAUUACCAGUUCGUCGUCAACGGCUGCGAGGGCCCGGCCUACAUCCCCGUCGUGGCCGGCGGCGAGCGCGCCAACUGCAUCCACUACACCGUCAACAACGACGUCUUCCGCGACGGCGACUUCAUCCUCGUCGACGCCGGCGGCGAGUACGGCUCCUACAUCACCGACAUCUCGCGCACGUGGCCCGCUUCGGGCAGAUUCACCGCUGCCCAGCGCGACUUGUACGAGGCCGUCCUCCGCGUCCAGCGCACCAGCGUCUCCCUCUGCCGCGCCUCGGCCCGCAUGUCACUCGAGGACAUCCACGGCGUCACCGCCCGCGGUCUCGUCGACCAGCUUCAGGGCAUCGGCUUCGACGUCUCCAUGGCCAACCUCGGCCAGCUGUUCCCGCACCACGUCGGCCACUACAUCGGCCUCGACGUUCACGACUGCCCCGGCUACAGCCGCAGAGAGCUUCUGCAGGCCGGCCACUGCGUCACUAUUGAGCCGGGCGUCUACGUUCCCGACGACGAGCGCUGGCCAAGGCACUUUCGCGGCAUGGGCAUCCGCAUUGAGGACAGCGUAUGCGUCGACGACGAGUCGCCGUUCAUCCUGUCGACCGAGGCCGUCAAGGAGGUCGACGAUAUUGAAGCGCUGCGGCCUUGA